AUGAGCGGGGGUGGCCCCGCGUCCCCCGGCGGCGCAGGGGUCGCGUCGCCGCCCGGCGAGCGGAGGCGGGAGCCGCUGGCGGCCGGGAACCCGCUGCAGCCCAUCAUAAAGGAAGCUGGGGAAAUUCAUUCAAGGCUGCUCGAUCACAGACCAGUAAUUCAGGGAGAAAUACGUUACUUUAUUAAAGAAUUUGAAGAAAAACGCGGCCUCCGGGAGCUGCGAGUGCUUGAGAACCUGAAGCACACCGUGUCCGAGACAAAGGAGCACUCCCUGCCGAAGUGUGAGCAGGCGAUGCGGGACAAUCUAAAUGAAACAGUCAAGAGAUUGCAAACAGUCAACAACAGGAUCCGUAAACUCCAAGAGAAGGAACAUGAAGAAAAGAAGGCUAACAGGCUGAUGUGCGGAGGGGAGAAGCGAGCAGCCCAGUGGGAGAAGUUCAUGAAGGAGCAAGAGACCAAACGAGCAGAGGUGGACGAAGAGCACAGAAAGGCCAUGCAGCGCCUCAAGGAGCAGUAUGCCAACAUGGAGAAAGAACUGGCCAGAUAUGUUUCUUUUUAAGACUUUUUUUGUGUGCCAAUAUCCAGUUGCUUCCGACUCACCAAAAUGAGAUUCUUUUGGAAAGCUGGAGCAAGUAAGAAAAAAGGAGAAUCUCCUCCGCAAGUUUGGUAUAGGAAGAGAAGUUUUGCAUACUUUCAGCUUAAGUGCCUCUCCGUGCUUGUUCUGUUCGGGGUCAGUGGAGUGCCAGUAUUUCUCAGUUUGUUGGAAGGUUCAACUGGAAACUAUAUUGUGUGACUACAUCAGCUCACAGAUGCAAGCUAGAAUUACUUGCAUGUGCAGACAGUAUCAUAUCACUUGAGAAAAUAGAGCCUAAUUUAAUGUUAAAUAUAGCCGUAUGCAAUCAUAGUCCUUUCCCCAAAAAAGUACAUGUAAUUUCAGUUAAAUAUGACUGGAGCCUAACUGGGAAGACUAUAAAUCUUACUCAUGGAUUUCAGGAAAGCCAGCUUGUGUUGCAGAAUACAGUAGGUUUUGAAAGUUCAGUGAUGAAAGAUCUCAGUGUAAAUCCAGUCAUAAUGCCAACUUUGGCAUUUGCAUCCAAAGUAUUAUGAAGUUGAGCUGAGAUUUAAAUGGCUCUUGCUAACGUAGCAGURCGAGUGUCUAAGUGGUUUUGGACAGCAAUUCCACUCUCCCUCUGAGACCUCUCCUUUGGGCAUUACCGUUCCAAGCAAAGCCAAAACAAGUUGACGUAAUCAUGAGAAGCACAUUGRUCUUUGUAUUACUUUUAGGCCAGUACAGUAUUUAUCUUAAAUAUUUGAUGUGGCUUACUGUUGGUUUACUUAGCAGAUAAGCUUGACAGAACUUUGUUAAUUGAUAAAGAAAUAGAGAAAGAUUUUUGUUUCUGUAUUUGUAUUACAAAUGAGCAGAUUAAUGGUAAAACAUCUGUAGUACCAAUCUGUUUUCUUACUAAUUCAUGGAGUAUGUGACACUCCUGUCACUGCUUUCCUUUAAUUCUUGCAUUUAGCAUCAAUAUAAUUGAAGAAGUUAAUCCAUUCAGUAAUCAAGCAAAAUGAGACCUCAUAACUUAAUGAAAUUUGCAUUUUUUAAGCAAGUUAACCCGUAGUACGGGAAAUAUGUUUUCAUAUUUUAACUGCUAUUCAGUAUAGGAUGGAAACAGGUAAAAAGAGAAAGAAUUCCUUCUUUACCUGUAUUGCAGCAGCUAUAUGCCAACAAUGGUUACUUGUGUAAGUUUAUGGCCUGGUGUCAAGGCUCCAUUCCUGGCAGCAUGUUGAUAGURUGAUUAAAGUUAGUAGAGGAGAUGAAAUAAGUAUUUGAGAUCUCUUUCAAUAACGCUGAAUUCCUGCCAAGCGUCUCUGUCUGCUACUGUAAGCCUGACAGCUUCAUCCAUCAUCGUCACGUGUCUGGACUGAAAAGAGCACUUGCCGACACUGAGGCACACUGGAAUGUUGUUAAUUCUCCGUUGCGGAUGGAAAAAAGCAUGGAUGUCUCCAAAGUAUCCCACACUUGGAAAAGAGGAAAGCCUCUUUCAGAACAGCUCCCAUUUAAAUAGGAGGUGACUUCUGUAGUAUUUUUCAGCUUAUUCAAUGAUGAAUGUUAUGACUAAGCUCAGGCUUUCAUUGAUGAAUAGUUCUUGUUUCAAGUUGGGUCUGGGGUAGUUUCUGAUCAUUUUGAGGACAAACUGAAAGUGACUUCUCUUUUACAAAAUGUAUGUGUACCCAAAGCCCAAAUAUGUUUAUAACAAAAUGCAUCUAACUGUAUUCUGAAUGCAUUUUAUUUUUGCACUGAUAAUUUUUAUUAAAAUUUAGAUAUCUCAUUAAUUGUGCACUGGAGCUGUGGAAUUUAGUAUUCCUUCAGUCUGAGGGCUCUUACRCAAUGAUGCAAGUCU